AUGCUGGAAACAUCAAGGCGGAAAUCCCUUGCCUGGUUGAACAGUCGUUACAUAUAUGGAAGAAUCCCAUUAUUACACGCCCUCAUUUUCCUCGUCGAGUUAGCAAUGGCUGCCCGACUUAUCUCCAAGUUCAACUCCUACUAUGCACAGCGACCUGUGCUUACGACCAUGAUCACGAAUGCGGUUCUUGGUGGAAUUGCAGACACAGUUGCACAGUCGAUAACCGCAUUCCGAGCGAGACAAGCAAUGUUUCCUAGCACGACCGAUUCAAGAUACCUCAUCUCCUCCGGCGUCGAACUCGAGGACCUCAACGAGAAGCCGGCAACCCUGUCUCCUGACCUGGCUCCCCGUAGAAUCGGGCCUCAGCCUUUCGAUUUCGAACGCCUGACUCGCUUCAUGUCGUACGGUUUCAUCAUGGCGCCCCUCCAGUUCUUGUGGUUUGGUCGACUCACGAAAUGGUUUCCGAUCGGACCCAAAAACGGGAACACUCAAGCAUUGAAGAGGGUUGCCAUGGAUCAGCUUAUCUUCGCUCCUGUCGGUCUUUCUUGCUUCUUCACGUUCAUGACGGUCACGGAAGGUGGAGGGAGAAAAGAGGUUGCGACAAAAUUCAAGGACAUCUAUCUCCCUACGCUGAGGGCAAACUACAUUCUCUGGCCUGCGGUUCAGAUCAUCAACUUUCGGGUCAUGCCUCUUCAAUUUCAAAUCCCGUUUGUCAGUACGAUAGGGAUUGCCUGGACAGCAUAUCUAAGUUUGACCAACUCGAGCGAGGACGAGGCACAAGGGCUUUAG